AUGGCUUCCAGCAGUGCUUCCAGAAGUUAUAUGAGUGUUGGCAAAAGUGUAUCAUUGCUCAAGCAAAUUAGGUAUCAGUCCAGCAUUUAUGAUUAUUCUUAUAAAGAUGCCAAGAAAAUAGAAAACAAAAAUUUAAAUCGCUACAGAGAUGUCAACCCAUAUGAUCACAGUCGUGUGCGAUUGGAACGAGGGGACAAAGACUAUAUUAAUGCUAGCCUUGUUGCACUCCCAGCUGCUAAACGUGCCUACAUUUUAACUCAAGGUCCUUUGCCAGUUACUGCUGGUCAUUUCUGGUUAAUGGUUUGGGAACAAAAAUCCAAAGCUGUUUUAAUGCUCAAUAGGAUUAUAGAAAAAAAUACAGUAAAAUGUCAUCAGUACUGGCCUCUUGGAAGUUGCAAUGGGGGAGAUGAUGAUAUGAUUUUAAAUGAUGUCAGUCUCAAAGUUACAUUUUUGAAAAAGAAAGACUUUUCACAUUAUACUUAUGGGGAAUUAAAACUAACUGAUUUGCAGAGUGGACAAUCUAGAAUUGUUCUUCAUUUUCAUUACACAACAUGGCCUGAUUUUGGUGUACCAGAAUCUCCUGCGGCUUUUCUAAAUUUUCUGAUGGCUGUUCGAGAAUCGGGUGCUCUGAACACUGAUGUUGGUCCUCCCAUUGUGCAUUGUAGUGCUGGUAUUGGACGCUCUGGAACCUUUUGUCUUGUUGAUUCCUGUCUUGUUUUAAUUGAAGAAAGUGGAGAUUCAAAUUCAGUGAACAUUCAAGAAAUUUUACUGGAAAUGCGACGUUAUAGAAUGGGUUUAAUUCAAACACCAGAUCAGUUAAGAUUCUCUUACUUAGCAAUCAUUGAAGGAGCAAAGAAAAUAUUAAAUAGAGAAAAUAAUAAAAAACAAAUUGCAAAUUCAUUAAAUUCUAAUGAAAAUAUUGAUAAUAAAAAGGAUGAAGAUAAUUUAGUAAAUAAAGAUGAAAAUGAUGACACUCAAGAAUCUCAUCAGCCAAUGUCAGAAGGAGAUAAUGAGGAAAUUGAAUCGGAUAUAUCUGAAGGUAUUAAUGAUAAAGAAUACGAAAUAGUUGAACCUCCACCACUACCUCCUCGACUUAAAUCAGAUUUAUCUCCCGUGUCAGUCAAAUCUCCUCCAGAAACAGAAAAUCCAACCACCAAAGCAAUAGAGAAUUCUGCAGGCAGUCAUUUGAAUGCUACUGUUGAGACAAAGAGUCUUAAACCACAAUCUACAAUUUCAACAGAAGAAAGUGAAUAUUCACAAUUACGGAAACGAAAUAGAGAAGAACGAAUCAAGAAAACAAACCAAUUGAUUCAAAAGAUCAGAAGGAAACAGCAGGAGGCAGAAGCUUGGUCACGUCGAAAAUCUUUAAUAAAAUAUUCUAUAGGUGGUUUAAUAUUACUUUUAGGGACAGGAGUUUUGGUCUAUUACAUUAAAAGCUAAAUGCCAUCCCUUAUUUAAAUAGAAAGAAAAGAAUUCGUGAUACUUUUUGAAUUUUACGUCUCAAUCCUGUAUCAUUUUUAAAUUAAUCGAAAUAAUUUAUGUUGAAAGAUUUUUUUUUUUCUCAUUAUAAUCAGCUUAUUUGCUGAACAGUUUUAUGUUGUGAUGUGCUUUAAUGCAGCAGAAGUAUCAUUUUUAUACAAUGGAAUACUAAGAUACGUUCCACGUUUUAUAUAUUUUUCAAUUUCUAAAAUAUUUUUAUAAUAUUUGUAUGGACUUAGAAAACUUUUUGUAGACACUUUCCAUUUAUUUUCACAGUUGUCUUUCUAAAAAUUUCUAAAUAAUUCAAAUAAUUCCUACUUUGCUAAAAAGAAACGAACUUUAAUCAAUUUUUUAAAAUAUGUUAAAGAACUUUUUGCACUUGAUUCUUUUCUAAAUAGACUUUUUGCAAGAAAUUCACUUGUGAUAUAAAAGCCAACUUCAUAUUUGAAAAUUUUCAGGAUUUCUACUUGUAGUGAUUUUUAAUCAUAUUUAUUUUUGAUAUUUUCUUAAGUACAACUUCAAAAAUAUUUUUGGUCACCAGAUGGAAAUCCUAAAAAUUUAUUUACUCACAUUACACUAUGUACAGCAAUCAUCAUCAGUAAUUCAAUUUAUACUGAUAGAAGUAGCUCAAUUUGUGACAGUGCAAUAUACAACUGUACAAGAAUGUUUUUCAAAUCAAAACAAAUUUUAAAACCGAAAUUAUUUUUAAUUUAAAAUAAUCAGUUUAUCAAAUUUUUUUUAUCUAAGAUAUACUUAAUCUCUGGAUAACAUUUUUAUCUCACAUUCGUGUGAAAGUAGAUUUAUCUUUUUCCUUAAUAAAUUCUUACAAAUAUUUUAAAAGUCAAUCAUAAAAUAAAUUUUAAGGUAGAUGAUGUUAAACAAAAAUUUUAUUCAUUGAACAUUUAAGAGCAUUAACUAUUUAGAUAUUUGUAUAAAAUUUGAUAAAGAAAAAAAACAGGCAACAAAUUCAUUCCAUAAUUUUCUAACCUUUUUUGUAUAAUCCAUAAAAUUGUCCAAUUUACAAUUUAUUUUUAAUUACUUUUCAUUGCAAACAAGAUAUAUAUUCUGAUGAUUGUUUCUGAAGUUAAAU